AAAAAAGAAAAAGAAAAGAAAAAAAAGAAAAUAAAGGAAAAGAAGAAAAAGAAGAAAAAGAAGAAAAAGAAGAAAAAGAAGAAAAAAAAGAAAAAAUCGGACUUAACCAGUGAAUCGGAUUUAUCUUCGUCGUAUAAUUCGGAGGACCGUUCUCAAUCAAAACGAGAAAAAUUAUACUAUGUUAAGAAAAAGCUGGAAAAAAUUUCCAUAAAAAAGAAAGAAGAAAUG